UGUUGUGAUAAUGUGAUCAUGUCUAGCACUGAGAACGACGCCGUUUGGUUGGAGCUCAAUGUCCAGACCAAGUCAAAGUCUUCCCUCACAUGCCACUUUAAACCAAAACCCUUCUUCACCAAUCUCAGAAACCAAACCCAAAAAAGGAAAAAAGAAGGAAAUGGCGAUCUUCUCCACUCAUCUUUUCUUACUUUUGUUCAUCACUCUUUCUCUCUUCCUUGUAGUUUCCACAGCUGGGUCCGAACCAGAGCUAGUAGCCGAUCUCCUAACCCUUCAGUCCGAAUCAAAAUCAGGAGUCAUCCACUUGGACGACCGAACCGUCUCCAAAUUCCUAACCUCCGCCAAAACCCCUCGCCCUUACUCUUUCCUCAUCUUCUUUGACGCCACCCAACUCCACGACAAGUCCGAACUCCACCUCCGCGAACUCCGUCAAGAAUUCACCCUCCUUGCCUCUUCUUUCAUCGCCAACCACAACAACUCCAACACCAAGCUCUUCUUCUGUGACAUCGAGUUCCGCGAAUCCCAAUCUUCCUUCCACCUCUUCGGCGUCAACUCGCUUCCCCACAUACGCCUCAUAGGCCCCACCGCGAAAUCCCUGAAAGAUGACUCGGAACAAAUGAACCAGGGCGAUGUCUCCCGAUUGGCUGAGUCAAUGGCCGAGUUCGUCGAGUCCAGAACAAAACUCACCGUGGGUCCCAUCCAUCGUCCUCCCAUUCUUUCUAAAAAGCAACUGGGUCUGAUCGUUGCCCUUUUGUUAAUUUGGUCUCCAUUCGUCGCCAAAAAGAUCUUCGCCGGCGAAACCUUAUUGCACGAUUCCAAAAUUUGGCUUUCGGGUGCCGUUUUUGUUUAUUUCUUCAGCGUUUCGGGGGCAAUGCAUAAUAUAAUAAGGAAAAUGCCCAUGUUUUUGGUGGAUAGGAACGAUCCAAACAAAUUGAUUUUCUUUUACCAGGGUUCUGGGAUGCAGCUUGGAGCGGAAGGGUUCGCGGUGGGUUUUCUUUAUACAAUUGUGGGGUUAUUGCUAGCAUUUGUGACGCAUGUGCUUGUUUAUGUUAAGGAUGCGACGGCCAAGCGUGCGGCGAUGCUUUUUGCGAUUUUCGUCUCUUUCUGGGCGGUGAAGAAAGUCAUUAUCUUGGACAAUUGGAAGACUGGAUAUGGCAUUCACGGAUUCUGGCCUUCCAGUUGGAAUUAAAGGCUAUAUCUUUUUUGUUUUCUAGGCUACUAUGAGGUGAAUUAUGGUUUUGAUAUUUGGAGAAUUUAGUUGAGAAUUCGAUAUCAAGUUUAGGUGUUUAAAUUUAUAACUUCGUUUGAAAUUUUGGGCUUAAAGAACAUUAUUUGUUACAAGUUGACAUCUUUUCUUGAAAAACCCCAAUUUACUAUAAGAUUUUCAGAUGUUAAUUAUAGUGUUCCAAGUACAUGUGUCCAGUUAUCUCAGUUUUUCUGCUGCAUUAGGUUCUAGAUUUAUCCUAGAUUUUUUGUUUCCCAUGUUUAGCUUUGAUAGUUUCUUUAAACCUUCUGAUGCCAGUUCUCGUAGUGUAUGAAUGAAAGCUUUUGUGCACUAAUAAUCCUAAUACAAUCUUUGUUAUAGUUACUGAUGUUUAAGUUUUCGUUAAAGCAGAAUUGGAAAAAAUCUUGUUGGAUUUCAUACUGUAAGCUGAAAUGGAAUCCUAUGGACAUAUGAGAGGCAUAAUUUAGGCUUGGAAAGGUUAAUCAAUAGGUUCUCCAGUUACUUCAUAACUAUGCUUAAGCCUCUUGGACAGGAUCUUCCGCCGUUUGGUGUAGAGAGUACAGGAUCCCCUUAACUAAGCUUAAUGGCUCAGUUGAGUUCAAUCCUUUGACGCCUUUUACUUGCCCUGACUGUUCUUAGGAUUUGUUCAUGUGAUCAUGUCUAAGUUCCCUGAGUUUGGCAUCAAGGACCAAAGGUCAUGGUCUUGUCAAGUCAGUGGCGCGUAAAAGUUGACGUUCUUGAUGAUCAAUGAAUCACAUCUAGAGAAGUAAACUUCUUUUCUAAGAUCUAAUCUUCCAAAAUGACUGAACAUAAACUAUGAAAGCGUUUUCUUUGCCUUAUGUUCCAUGUAGGGUGCAAUAAUUCCUAGGAUGUCAGCAAACUGUUUAAGAGGAGCAGUGGGAAAAUUUUAGGUCUUUUUGAUGUAAAAUUUGCUGGUUAUAAUCUCUUUCCAUGUCUAGUUGUUUGUUUGGAUUAUCCAUCUUAAUGUAUUUUAAAUUUGGAAAUUUUGAUAUGCCUAUCCCCUGGUAAUUGCAAACUAAAAUUUGCUUAUAUAUUUAUCUUGAUUGUAGUCUAGAAAUUCUAAAAUAAAUUGUUAAUUUGCGGUGCUCGAUACUUGUUGUCUGCCCAUAGUUCGUUGGGUUGUGCAAAUUGGCCUGGACAUAGGAAACAUAAAUCUCAUGUUAUUUCUUCAUCAUUGCUACUAUUCAUUCGAUUUCUUGCAUAGAAUGCAUUUGAUUUUCCAUUUGAAUUGUGUCUUGUGAUCAACUCAUUCUCACAAAACAGCGCAUGUUCUGGUAAGGCUUUGGAAGGUGCUCUAAUAUUCGUGAACCUGAAUUCUUUGAGUUAUUUUGGAGAUCAUUCAAAGUUGUCAGUUGGAGAGGCUGAUUAAGAAGAGUGAUUCAGUUGACUAGAGAUACUUGUUCAGGACUCGGGAACCCACCAUCUUAGUGCUGUACAACAUGAGGCUGCUUAAAGUUGUAGCGCUUGAAGGCUUGCCUGUGUGUAUUACACUUUCAAAUGAAGCGUCAAAAGAGCAGGACCUGGAUUUUUG